AUGUAUUAUGACUUCACAAAGGAAAGCUUGGACAACUUCAUCAUAAGUGUACAACGACUUAAAGAAAAAUAUCCACUAUAUUACAACAAUAGAUUAUCUGGUACACUUGUACAAUUUGAAAAUGCAAUUUCACGAUGGAAACUCUUGAAAGAUAAUGAUCAGAUACUUACACAUAUCAUCAAGAAGACGCAACGGAUCAGCAACGAGGACGAACUGGGUUUGCUGAGACAGGAAAUGCAGACUAAGAAUAAAAGUCAUGAAUUUAACAGCAUCGAUGCGCAACGUCUAGAUAUUAUAAUUCAACGUCUAUACGACAUAAUACAGGUGAUUAGAAAUAGAAAGCAAAAGAUUGCCAACAAGCAACAAAUGGAUCAAAAUGAGAAACAAAAGGAGCUGAAUAUUGAACAAUUUGCAGCUAAUAAAUUACAGCUUAAAGACAACCAAAAGCAAAAGCUUGAUAAUGCAGCUCAACUUGAAAAUUUCGAGACAAUUAUUCGUGUCCACAAAGUUUCAGUUGACAUGAAUAAUCAAUUAUUGAAGGAAGAUUUUAAUUUGAUUUUAGAAAUGUUUUCUCGAUUGAAUCCUGUUACAAAGUUACCAGCAUAUCCUGCCCAAUAA